UUUCAUUUUUCAUUGAUAUAAACACAAAUUUUCAUCGCCGUCACAAAAAACAAAGGGGCGAAACCAGAGAACACAGAGUCACAAUGAAGUUCAAUCCUAGGGUUUCAAGCAGCCGUCGCAAGAGCCGCAAGGCUCAUUUCACAGCCCCAUCAAGCGUCCGUCGUGUCUUGAUGAGCGCACCUCUCUCCGGCGACCUCCGAUCCAAAUACAACGUCCGUUCUCUCCCUAUCCGUAAAGACGACGAAGUUCAGGUCGUUAGAGGAACAUUCAAGGGACGUGAAGGAAAAGUUGUUCAAGUUUAUCGUAAGAAAUGGGUGAUUCAUAUCGAACGUAUAACACGUGAGAAGGUUAAUGGUUCAACUGUUAAUGUUGGUGUUAAUCCUUCGAAAUGUGUUAUCACUAAGCUUCGUUUGGAUAAGGAUAGGAAAUCUUUGCUUGAUCGUAAGGCCAAGGGUCGUGCUGCUGCUGAUAAGGAAAAGGGUACUAAGUUUGCUCCUGAAGACAUUAUGCAAAAUGUUGAUUAGGAUCUAAUCAUGUUUUUUUUUUUAUCUAUCUAUGAUACUAUCAUUAUUAGUUUUUGUUUGUAUUAUUGUUACUGCUAGAAUUUGAUUGAUGUUUUGAAUGUUUUGUGGUUUAGAUCUGAAUGGAUUCGGAAUUUUGAGAAGUUUAUGUUGUUUUGUUUAAUGAAAUGCUUGAUAUUAUCACUGUUAA